GAAAAAUCUGAUUUCUGAAAAUUACUGAAAAAGCUGCCCUUAGAAGCUGUUUCUUGCAUUCUUGUGGAAUAGCUGGGAUUUAUACUAUAAGGCCUGUGAUGGGACAAGCUGUCGCCUGCGAUCACCCAGAGUGAUUGUCACCAUGGCCAGCAAGAGGAAAUCUACCAUCCCGUGCAUGAUCCCAAUGAAGACUGUGGUGCUACAGAAUGCCAGUGUGGAGGCCCAACCUGCUGAGGCCUUGCCUGAAGGACCCCAGCAGGAUAUGCCCUCAGAAGCACUUACCACCACUACUGAGGCAGCCCAAAACUCCAGUAGCACUGAUGGCUCUGCACUGGCCAAUGGACAUCGGAACACUUUGGAUGGCUAUUUAUAUUCCUGUAAAGACUGUGAUUUCAGAUCCCAGGAUAUGACCCAAUUUGUGGGACAUAUGAACUCAGAGCACACAGACUUUAAUAAAGACCCAACUUUUAUAUGCACUGGGUGCAGUUUCCUGGCCAAAAACCCUGAAGGCCUUUCCAUGCACAAUGCUAAGUGUCACUUGGGGGAAGCCAGCUUUGUUUGGAAUGUAAUCAAGGCAGACAAUCAUGUAAUGGUGGAGCAGAGUGUACCUGAGAGCACCAGCACUCCUGACGUAGCAGUUGAGCCCAACACUGAAGGAACUGAUGGGCAGGCUGAAAUCAUCAUUACUAAGACCCCAAUCAUGAAGAUAAUGAAAGGCAAAGCUGAAGCCAAAAAAAUUCAUAUGCUCAAGGAGAAUGUCUCUAGUCAGCCUGUGGGUGAGACCUUGCCAAAGCCAUCUGGUGGAGAGAUAGAAGUGAAAGAGGGAGACCAUACCUUUGUCAAUGGGGCAGCUCCUGUCAGCCAGGCAUCUGCCAGCUCUGCAAAGCACCCCCAUGCUGCCAACGGGCCCCUGAUAGGAUCGGUGCCAGUUUUGCCAGCUGGUAUAGCACAGUUCCUCUCCCUCCAGCAGCAGCCUCCAGUGCAUGCCCAGCACCAUGCACACCAGCCCCUCCCUACAUCCAAGUCCCUUCCCAAAGUGAUGAUCCCCUUGAGCAGCAUCCCAACAUACAAUGCAGCCAUGGAUUCCAACAGCUUCCUGAAGAACUCCUUCCACAAGUUCCCUUACCCAACCAAAGCUGAGCUCUGCUACCUAACUGUGGUGACCAAGUAUCCAGAAGAACAGCUUAAAAUCUGGUUUACAGCCCAGAGGCUGAAACAGGGUAUCAGCUGGUCCCCUGAGGAGAUCGAGGAUGCCCGGAAAAAGAUGUUCAAUACAGUCAUCCAAUCUGUUCCUCAGCCUACGAUCACAGUUCUAAACACUCCUCUGGUUGCCAGUGCUGGCAAUGUCCAGCAUCUCAUUCAGGCCGCUCUCCCAGGCCAUGUUGUGGGACAGCCAGAGGGCACAUCAGGGGGACUCCUGGUCACUCAACCACUGAUGGCCAAUGGGUUGCAAGCACCAAACUCGUCUCUGCCCUUGGCAGUUACAUCUAUCCCUAAGCAGCCGUCUGUGACACCUGUUAAUACUGUGUGUUCAAAUACAACAUCAGCUGUGAAGGUGGUCAAUGCAGCCCAGUCACUUCUCACUGCAUGUCCCAGCAUAACUUCCCAAGCCUUUCUUGAUGCUAACAUCUACAAAAAUAAGAAGUCUCAUGAGCAGCUGUCAGCUCUGAAAGGGAGCUUCUGUCGGAACCAGUUUCCAGGGCAGAAUGAAGUUGAGCAUCUGACCAAAGUAACUGGGCUCAGUACCAGAGAGGUUCGGAAAUGGUUCAGUGAUCGGAGAUACCAUUGCCGGAACCUGAAGGGCUCCAGAACCAUGAUGCCGGGAGAGCCUGGCUCUAUCCUCAUUGACUCUUUACCAGAAGUCCCCCUUUCCCCAUCAUCCAAGACCCCUGAAGUAGCCUGCAUCCCGACAGUGGCCUCACUGGCAAGCCACCCUGCUGCCAAACGGCAAUCCUGGCACCAGACUCCUGACUUUACACCAACCAAAUACAAAGAAAGAGCCCCUGAGCAGCUCCGUGCCCUGGAGAACAGCUUUGCACAAAACCCGCUUCCUCUUGAUGAGGAACUAGACCGUCUGAGAAGUGAAACCAAGAUGACGCGGAGAGAAAUUGAUAGCUGGUUUUCAGAAAGACGGAAAAAAGUGAAUGCCGAGGAGACCAAGAAAGCUGAUGAGAAUGGCUCUCAGGAGGAAGAGGAGGCUGCUGAAGAUGAGGGUGGAGAAGGAGAAUUGGCCAGUGAGCUGAGGGUCACUGGUGAAAAUGGCUCCCCAGAAAUGCCUAUCAACCAGACUUCAGCAGAGCGCAAAGUCAGCCCCAUCAAAAUUAACCUCAAGAACCUGCGGGUCAGUGAAGCCAGUGGCAAGACUGACCUUCCAGGGCUGGGUGCCUGUGAGCCUGAGGAUGAUGGUUUGAACAAGCUGGCAGAGCAACCCCUAGGCAAAAUGAGCUACAAAAAGACAGCCCAGCAGCGGCACUUGCUGCGGCAGCUCUUCGUCCAGACACAGUGGCCAAGCAACCAGGACUAUGACUCUAUCAUGGCCCAGACAGGUCUGCCACGGCCAGAGGUGGUGCGCUGGUUUGGGGACAGCAGAUAUGCCCUAAAGAAUGGCCAACUCAAGUGGUAUGAAGACUACAAGCAUGGCAACUUCCCACCAGGGCUGCUGGCCAUUGCCCCUGGCAACCGGGAACUGUUGCAAGACUAUUACAUGACACACAAGAUGCUGUAUGAGGAGGACCUGCAGAACCUCUGUGAGAAGACCCAGAUGAGCUCCCAGCAGGUCAAGCAAUGGUUUGCUGAGAAAAUGGGUGAGGAAACACGCGCUGUGGCAGACACAGGCGGUGAGGACCAGCACCCUGGUGCUGGAGAGCUUGUGGCAAUUCACAAAGGCCUGGGUGACACCUAUUCAGAAGUGUCCGAAAAUAGUGAGUUGUGUGAACCCAGUGUUCCUGAGGCCAGCUCAGAGCCCUUUGAAACAUCGAAUUCCCAGACUGGACUUGAACUAGAAACAGAGUGAAUUUGAUCCAACUGCUAUGAAGGACCGACCAGUCUGGGAUGCUGCCUGCCAUGUGGAAGAGCCAAAUCCACCUCUCUACUGCCACAUGUUGUUUCCGUGGCCAGUGCUGGGCACCCAGAAGAGCCUCCAGAAGUCUCACUGAGAGCCUGGAGCCCAAUGCUGCCAUCUUCAUCCUGGGCCUGCCACCACCAAGCAAGUGGCAAGCAGGGGUCAUCAUCAGUCCUUCCCCCACAGUGUAGGACUUUUCCUUUGCCUACUAAGGAUAAAAAUAGUCCAGAUUUCAUAUUUGUAGACACAGGAUCAAGUUUUUAACAUACAUAUCUGCCUAUAUACAUUUAAUAAAACAGGUUACAAACACUUUCACUAUAUAAAAACUUUGGUUAGCAAAGGAGUAUACUGUUCACAUCAUCUCUGAAAAUGCUGCGUGUCUGUUCUCUGGAGAGUGCUGGGCCAUGAGUUCCCUCACCUUCCACAGGCAGGCAGGUGUUAAAGGCACACUUAGGACUGUGUCCAGGCCCCUGGACCUCCACCUCAUCUUCCUGCAAGCAGCAGUAUUUUGAAGAGAACUCUGCCUCCUUAAGCAGUAACCAGCCACGUUUCAUGCCCAGCUUGCCUUGCCUCGUGGGCUGAUCAGUUCAGAAAAUGGCCCAGCUGAGAUUAGUGUUGGACGCUCACCACUCUUCAGUUGUUACUGUAAUUCUGGGGGUUACUGUAAUUUCAUGGGAGUCUGAAUCAUGGACCAUAACUUUUUGGUUUUUAGAUUAAGGAAACAUUUGUUGUUAAGCCUAAUAUACUGACCUGUGUACCCACUUUACUUUCCCCCUUUAAUCCAGAGACUUAGAGUGAGAGGAAAUGGAAAAGGCAGAGAGGUGGGGCAGAAGUGGAAGGUAUACCCACAUCCUCUAGCCCUGGACACAGCUCGGAGACCUUUCUCCCCAUGCACAGCAAAGCCUCCUGCUGGUUGGGAGGGGAGAACACUGGCUCAGCAGUGAGUGAGGGCUGAAGGGAUUCAGGGACUGUUUACAAUUAUCAGAGCUGGUAAUUUUGAGCACAAAGACCUGCAAGUAGGUAGUUCCUGGCAGAAUAUCCAGGUUGACCCAGCUGCACACCAGGGCCUGGCCAGUUGCUGGGUGUAUGCCUCAGCGUUGCUCGACAUCACUGGUCCUUGUGAGGAUGUUUUAAAAUUCUGUACUUAUAUUGUUAAACUGGGAAUCAAGAACUCUUUUAUGUCAUGUCUUUCUUUGAAUUGAGAAAAACUAUAGGAAAAGGUGCCUUUGAAAUGACAGAAAAUGUGCUUGUAGUUGUACUAAAUGUAAUGCCCCUAUUUCCCCAGCACUGGCCACUCUGAGAGCAGUUGGGGUGGGGUGGGGCUCGCUAAGGACCUCCUUACCUUUGCAUCACCGCUUAGAAACAUCUUGCUUCCCAAAGCACCAGGCACAGGUACUAGGACCUCAUGGGCUCACUCCCAGACCUGGGAGAGAGUGGAGCACCAGAAGGCCCAGAGUAGGACAAGGGCUUUGGGCAAGAAAGCUGGUAUGUUCUAGGCCUUCCUCCUUCCCCUACCAGAGAACUGGAAUAGCCAAGGCACCCUGCUGACUUGGCUUCAAGGACAAGCAUGGUGGCUGCACCUUUUGUUUUCCAGGAGAGGGCUUUCUCUGAAGAGCAAAGCCUUUGAACCAUUGUUCUUCUAAAGUCUCUUUUCUUGCCCUCCAUGUCCCAAUAGGGGCCACUUCUUAUUUGUCUCAAAUUGGAGACUUGUGAGUACUUGGCAAGUUUUGCAGCUUAUUUUUGUAUUCUUUGCAUUUGGGAAUUGAGUCUAUUUGGUUCUAAAAGCCUUUGAGGAGUUGCUAAGAAUGAAGAGUGAGUGCCUUCCUUCAGAGAACAGAUACCUGGAAUUUUUCCUUUAGUGUUUAUGUAUGUGCAGUUUAAUUUAUAUUAUCUAUCUACUUAUAUAUACAGUAAAGAUACUCAUUUGAUAAUUUGCUUGUAAAAUGUACACGUGAUGUGUAUGUACCCUUGAGGAACUUCCUGGCAUGUGGGUUUUGGGGGAAGUGGCCUGUGUGACAGGGAAUGCUGGUGCCUUGGCCAACUGCUGUGGGGGCCUAGCACAAAGCCAAGAGUCUGAGAAGCUGGCCAGUACAUCGCCCCGAGAUUCUUGCUAGUGUCACCUCCAGAGCUCUAUAUGCAGUGUCCAAAUGGUAGGGUCUAUUGAGAGGGUCCUCUUGGUUAUGUAUUGAACUUUAAUCUACAACCCAGAGCAAAGCAGAAAAAAUAAGUCACAUGGUGACAAGUUCAUACAUGACAGAGAGUGCCCCGGCCUCGGGUACCAGGUUAUGUUUUAGAUGGAAGUUACAAUGACAUGAGUCCCAGCAUGUUUUUCACAGAUGUCACCACCACAAAUGGCAAGAUGGCCCAGAUAAGUCUAGCAGACUGGACAGACUCUGCUUCCUCUUGCGCUCUUAGAUGGAAGUGAGAAAGCGUGGUUUGAACUGGGAAGAAUAAGAAAAUCAAAGGUGACACUGAAGGAGGCCAUCACUGAGUAGGGACUCAGGGCUUCGAGUGCAAGCCCUGAAUGCAGUGUGCCCGGUGUCAGAAGCACACUGACAGUGGCAGUAGGGGCUAUGAGAUGCCAGCAGCCAGGUCUGUGGCUCAUCUUAGGAUGCACUGCUAAAGGGUUAAAUAUAGGUGCUGUCAAGAAAAAGCCUGUAUCAAUAAGGUGACGAGUAUUUUCCCUUUUUUCUGUAUGCCCUUGGACGGACUUAAUGUUUCUUGUUGCCUAUUGUACCUGUUUUGUUUUUUUACAUGAGAUUAUAUAUCCAAUUCUAACAGGUGAAGCCAGAUUACUUUUUUUUUUGAGACAAGGUCUUGCUAUGUAGUUCAGACUGGCCUUGACCUUAUGGUGAUCUUCCUGCCUCAGCCAGAUGACAUUCUGAUAAAGAAAAUUUGAAUUGGUGAUACAUAAACUUUGCAUGUUUUGGUUGUUUUCAUUUUUGACUGUAGAGAACCUUUUCUAUUUUGGGAGGAGGAAAAUCAUUUUCAAGGCUUGGGUUCCUGAAAAAGAAUGCCCUAGCUUGAUAGCUCACCAGCACCUUGAGAUUUAGUAGGCUUUGAGCUUUCUCGACAGUGACAGGCAGCUGUUUAGGUGGACCAAAGCCCCACGCCUUGCUCUCUGGGAGGAAGGAGAGUUGGGCAGAGGUGCUGGGUUGUUCCUUUUGGGCUUCCACCUGCUCCGUACCUUACUCCCACAGGGGAGCUCCAGUGUGCUCUCCAGGCUGCAAUGUGGUUCCUGGGGGCUUUAUCCUUUAUCUUGCUCAGUCCUGUGCUUCUUCCCCUUGUUUCUAGGACAUCUGUCCCAAAGCUGCCUUCCAUGGAGAAUGGGAGGCAGCCUUUCUGGCUGGGUGCUGAUGUUUCUGUGCACAUCCUCUCCCUCUGCUGCCUACUUACAUACUGUUCCUGUGUUGGACCCUGCUACUUUUGUCUUCCUAGUCUGUGUGGACUAAAAUCCUCAGGUUGAAGCAGCUCUUGUCAGUUCAAACAUCACA